CGAGCAUCUUUGUCAAAACAACAUUUCCUUCGAAGAAGGGCCAGCCUGAGCAGGCCUCGUUUCGGACCAAUAACAUUUGGGACCUGGCCUAACGAAAAUCUGAAGUAAACAUGGUCACGUAAAUAUAAUCCUUGCUUAGAAGUCUGCAAAAGAAGAGAACAUGGCUGGUUUUUCGAUGAGAAUAGUAGAUGCAGACUUCUACUUAGCAAAGCCAGUUCCAGAUUUGGACAUCUGCUACUCUGGAUUCAAGCAGACAAUGACCAAAAGGGUACCAGUGGUAAGGAUUUUUGGAGCCACUGCAAAAGGACAGAAAACUUGCCUACAUAUUCAUCAACUGUUUCCCUACAUUUAUGUGAGAAUCUCAGAGCACGAUGCUUCAGGAAGAUUUGCCAAGCAGUUUGCCACAAGCCUUGAUGUUGCAAUUCAAAUUGCUUUGGGCAAGACAGUUUCCAGCGACUGGCAUUCUGUUCACGAAGUUGAUGUUGUGAAAGGAUUCACAUUUUAUGGCUUCCACGAUGAAGAGGAACACUUUCUGAAGAUUUCAGUAUACAACCCAAAUCACAUAAACAUGAUUGAAGAGCUAUUGCUUAAUGGAACAAUUAUGGGCAGAGUAUUUCAACCCUAUGAAGGUCACAUCCCAUUCUUGCUUCAAUUCUUCAUAGAUUGCAACUUAUAUGGAAUGAAUUACAUUAAUCUUGCUGCCGUUAAAUUCAGACUGCCUGUCUUGUUUGUUGGAGAUUUCGAGGAGAGCUUGAAAAAUCCUUCGUUUGCAAGUCCGGUUGUCAACAAACAGAGAAAAAGCCAACUUCUCUCCCCUCUUGGUUCUCCAUCACAAACAUGCUACGAAACUUGGCUUCCAGAAAACCUUUCACGGGAGAUGCUAAUGCCUGCAUGGGUUUCACGUCAAAGCACUUGUCUUUUGGAAGUUGAUGCCAUAGCAGCAGACAUAUUGAACAAAAACGACGUUAAAGAUUCAUUGGGGAGCUGUCCUGGUCUAGUGGCACUUUGGCAAGAAGAAAAGCAGCGACGAAUAUUGAAUAACGAAUCGGCUGAUAUUUCUGCUGCUGUUUCUCAAGGUGAACGGCAAAGGAUUAUUUUUGAGCCUGAGCGAAGAUAUCUCGAAGAUUUCCAGCUCAUUUUGAAGACAAAAUUAAAACAAAAAAAUUCAGAGAAUAGUUCACCAGUAGAAGAGCCAUUUCUUGAAAGUCCAAAUCUUAUUUCUGGGGAUACUCCAACUCCAGAAGACCAGUUAUGCAAUAAAGAUGUAGAUUUUGACGAAUCACGACCAAUCGUCGACGAAGAAGCAAUUCGUCAAUCACUCUCGCAAGUGUCGUUCAUAAAAUCACCUACAUCGCCAAGACAGAAAACUGCAUGGACAACAAUGGACGAAGAACUAUUAGAUUUUCUGUUGAUGCCAUCAAAUGAUCAAGAAACAGUUUUGACACAAAUGUCUUCAAUAAGCAAUGGUGUUGCUGGAGAUGAGAUGGACUCUGAGGUCUUGGACCAACUUGAGGAAGAUGACAUGAAUGAAACCAUUAUGAUGUCACAACAUGUCUAUGAUGAUAUUUGUAACGAUAAUGGUGAUGAGGUUGUUGAAGAAGUUAAAAAAGAAGCUGAAAAGGAUAAGGAUGACAUCAUGGACUUCAGCCUCAAUGAGAGUUGGAGCUCGUCAUGGAUCAAAGAUAUUCCCCAAAUUGAUGGAACAUAUGAUAUAGAGGACUUGUCUCAAUCUAAUAAGAAACAACACACGGUGCCUGUUGUUUCGCCUUGUGAAGUUUAUCAGCCUGCCGAUUCACAUGGACAAGGGGUAGCGUAUCAUUAUAUGCGAAGCCUUUCAAAACCAGCGCACGUGAUUGCUCAGCUAGAUGGGAGCAGUGAUAGUGACUUCUUGGAGGACAGCUUCCUUAGAAAGAGGGGCUCCAAAUACCAGAAAAAGGCUCUUAAAACUUAUGAUAAGUCAGCAAGGAAAAAAAGCCUGACUCUUCGAACUAGAGUCACCUCUAGCAAGGCAGACGGUGAUCUUAAAAAGUCUGCAAGUUCGAAAAGAAAAGGCAUUAUGCAAAUAUUCUCUAACAAAAAUCAGUUGCUGUUUGGACAUGGAGACAGUGAAAGUAACGAGGAAAAUUCUAAUGGUGGAUGCAGGCCUGGAUUGAGUAAGAAAUCAUUUACUUUUGAAGGUCUUGAAUUUGAUGAUAGCGAUAAGCAUUUGGAUGCCCAGAAGACUGUCAUUAAUCGAGAAGCUACUUCUCCUGCUGCUGCAGCUUCAUCAUUGUUCAAUGCUGAAUCGCAAGAAAUAUUUAUCGUCUCUCCGACAGAUCCCCGAACGUCUUCGUCAAAGCGUUUUUCUUUACGAAGCAGAAAGGAUAGUAGAAAAGUGGCUUUAUCAACCGUUAGUUACAAACAUGAAGACGAGCCUGUGAGUUUUGAUGAAAAGUCAACUCAAAGGUUGUACCAUCGGUUAACGUUGAGUGGCAAUGCGAAGGGAAUGAUUGGUUUGCCAGAUAAGGAUGCUAAUGAACGGAAUCUGGACGCAAGUUUUAGUAUGGCUGCGGUUGAUGUUGGUAAAAAGUGUCCUCCGACAAUGUUGACUGAUUCAGUUUCCUCUCUAGACAGUGAUGCAAUGAUAAGCCAGCCUCUGCAAACAUAUAGCUCCUUGAUACGUGAUUGCUGUGUUUCUCUUGUUGACGUGCGUGCAACAAAUUACGCAGGCCUGCUAGGGAGAAAGGCUUCUAAUACAUCCAGCAUCCUUGGCAGAAUGGCCUCUAGCGCAUCCAGUAAACGAAAGCUUCAUUUGUCGGUUUCCAAGUCUUGUAAAAAGGUUCGUUACACGACAGUUGAUUCUAGCAGCAGAAGGUUUAAUAUGACGUCACACAGUGGAUUGAAACUUGAAGAGGAGAAGGACUCCAAUGUGAAACAGUGUGAAACCUGUUCUGACUUUCUGUUUAGAUCACGCUUUCCAUCCCAGGAGCUGGAAGACUUCAAUCUUCCCCAGUCUCCACCUAGACCAACCUCUCCAUAUAGUGAUCCGCGCUGCACGGGAAGCACAGCUAACGGAGGAGUGUCUGCAGAAGCGAUAGAAGAGGAACCUUUUGGAGCAGAAAGUGAUUCUGUAAAUAUAAGCUUUCAUGAUGAUCGAUUUCCUGCCCAAAUUAAACCCGUGAAGCUGAACUAUGAUAUUCUUGACGCCUCGACAUUUGUUACAAACUCCAGAUCAAGGAGAGCUAAGCAAAGACAGAAAGAAAAGGUUGAAGCUAGCAAUCAAAAUGUUAGAGUUAGCCGUCAAGGAGAGCAUCCUAACGUCGAUGGCACUAGGCGUUACCUAGAAUGUGAUGGAAAUUCCAUGCAUUCGGAAUCUGUAACCCCAAAACCCGAUGUUACUGAAGUAAGCUCGCUUAUAUGUCAUCGAACACAUACUCAACCAAAAGCGGAAAGGAUGGAGAAGAUGACAGGCUCAUUAGAAUCAGAGCGUUUUGAAUACUGUGUUGAUUUUAGUCCAAUAGUAGCUGCACCUGAACCGAAUGAUAAUUCACAUGCAGUAAGAGGGAAAAAUGAUUCCAGAAUCGAAAGGAGGACAGGAUUUUGUCGAUUGAGGCCAUCAAAACUGCUUGAAAGUAUUGGACGUCAAUGUGGGUUUCUUGGGCCAACAUGUGGCAAUGACACUCAAAAUGAGGGCCAAGAUGUUUCGCAAGGGGUAACCUGUGAACUGUUUCCAAAUUUAGCUUUGUUACCAAGUACAUCUACUGUAAAUAAAGAUAGUUGUGAGAAUUUAGACAUUGCCGAGAAGAAAAACACUUAUCAAAUAAGCGAUGAUAUUACUGCUAUAAUGGAAAGUGACGAUUUAGCGACACAGUUGUCUCAACAGACCAAAAUGACAAAACUUGAAAACAAAAGUAUGGACAUGUGUGAAAUUACUUGCAUUGAUGAUUCUCAAGAGGGAGAAUUCGUAAUAUCAGAUUCUCAAGAGAGCGAAACUGUAGUAUCAGAUUCUUUGUCUCACCGGCACGAAAUCGAACUGCUGCACGUUUCGUCGCAUCAGAACGAAAACAAACUGCCGGAUGUUUCCUCUCACCGAACAGGAACCAAACUACCACUAGUAAUUUCUAGGAACCGAUCAAAAACCAGCCUCGAUGCUGUGAAGACAUUUAAGAAUGAGGAACUCCAGGAUUCUGUGAAAAUGAAGGCAUCAGCUUUUGAUAACCUGGAAAUCUCGUUUUCAGAUGAUGAAGCGUUUGAAUCAAAAUGUAUCACAUUCCCACCAAAGGAAACAGAAAAAAGUGGUCUCGAAGACCAAACUAAAAGUGAAAGUGGUGGAAGUUUGUCGAUUAAAGAAGAGUUAAAUAAAAAUAUUAAGAUAUUAACGUCCUCUCCUAACCCUGAUUGUGCCAACAUGAAAAGAAAAAGAGUAUCUUCGAUGCUGACAAGUGUAAACAAGAUUUCUUCAAAGAGCAAAGAAGAUUUUGUUUCUGAAAUAGAUGCAAGCGCUCCCACCGUCCCUCGAGAGAAUUCAACAAGAACAGAUUCUUGCCUCAAAGAUUCCACGGAACGUGAACAUGCAGAAAGCCUAGUACCAUUACAUUUGCAAGAAGCAUCGCCUUGUCCAGUUUCUACUCCAUCCCCUGGAUUUGAAAAUAAUAAGAAAUAUGACAAACCGGCUUUUAUGAAUAAAUCCACUGAUGACAAUUCUGAUAUCCAGGAUGCAAGUGGUGAACCAGUAGCGGUCCCAAUUAUAGCUUCUAGUCAGGAAUAUUCUCCAUGUGCCAGCUUUGCAGUUGAUAGAACAGUGCUGAUUACUCCGUUGCUGAAACCUCCAACGCGAAAGAAGGUUUUAGGGACAGCUUUCUCAUUUGGUUUAGGAGAGACACGAAAUCAACAAGCAUUUUUCGGCAAUUCAAAAGAUAUUCCGUCUUGUACAAAGAUUAUUGGAGGACGCAAAUUACGAAUCGACUCUGUAAAGGUAAGCAAUUUGCCCUCCUUUAAAACGGAAAGUGGAUAUCAAGGAUCGCUUGAAAAGCUCAAAGCAGACGAAGAUGUCUUUAAUACAACUUUGUAUCAGGACUUGCAUUGUCAAGCAAUGGCCGAAGGAGUGGAUGAAGCAAAUUUCAGAAGAAUGAUAAUUGGGGACAAUGUUGUUGCGAUAACCCCGUGCAGAAAGCCACCCUCAAUGGAAAGUGUAAGACAAUGGCUCGAGAAGAACACGAUUCAACCACGUGACGUCAUCAAGACAGAACCAAUAAGCAGGGAUUUAAAAAAUCCAGUAAAGUAUGUAGAGAAAGACCAUGUUUCAAAAAGUCCUUCACUAAAGAGCCAAGAAUGUGCUGCUAAGAAUGCAAAGGGAAUAGAAAACACACCAGAAAUAAGCAAAAAAGCUUUAAUGGAAAGUCCAACUUUGUCACCAUCUUUUCCUGCAUUAGGCACAGUAACGGUUACUCCUUCAGCACACGCCCAUUGUACCAGCACACCUUUGUCAAUCAGGAAAAGAGCAUCGCAGAGGCUACGUCUGCCAGGUCAAGAAAGCGAUCAAAAGUCGAAGCCAAAUACAUCGACACCCCUCGCCUCAGUGACAUUAAAAAGAUCUUUAACGGACACAUCGCAAAUUGAUGGACCAACCCCAGCGAACAAAUUUGGUUUCGGGUUUACGCAAGUGAAUUACGAUGAUGCUCGUAAUGCUCAUGAGGUCCAACAUCUAACCAUUCUCAGCAUAGAGCUUCAUGUAAAAACAAGACGAGACCUAUGCCCUGAUCCUGGCUUCGAUCCAAUAUGUGCAAUAUUUUACCACGUGACUUGCGAUACCAAUGAUACCAAGGAGACAGGGAUUUUUCUCGUCGACUUAGGAAGCUCGACUGAAAACUGCUCGACAGCCAUGACUUCUGCUGCGCCAUCAUCCGCUAAAAUUCAAAUUGAAAAUACAAGUGAAAAUGUUAAAGAGCGCAGUGUACCACCAUCACCAUGCUGUGAUAAACAGAAUACAUUCAUUGCUGACAAAGCCAACAUUAGUACACAUUGUCGUAAUUUGUCCAUACUCAAUAAAUCCGGAAUCACAGAUUACACUCAACGAUCGUACGCUGACGAGAAAUCCAUGAUCAUUGCAUUCCAGUCAUUUGUUCGAUUUCAUGACCCGGAUAUGCUCAUUGGCUACGAGAUCCAAAUGUUGUCUUGGGGCUACUUGAUUGACAGAGCAAAAGAACUGGACAUCCUGCUCUGUCCCCAAUUAUCAAGAAUCCCAGGCGUCGAAGCAAGCACAACUACUCAUAAAGCUGGCGAAAUAGAUGAGUUGUACGGGCAUGCAAACGAUGUGAAAAUCAGUGGAAGAAUUCUGUUGAAUGUUUGGAGAAUAAUGCGCAGUGAAGUAACACUGCGCGUAUACUCUUUCGAGAGUGUAGCCUUCCAUGUUCUUCACAGACGACUGCCAAAGUAUUCUUUUCGUACUCUUUCAUCGUGGUGGAGUCACCAAACAUCUUUGCACCGGCGAAAAGUUGUCGAAUAUUACAUCACUCGAUGCCGGGCUAAUGUUGAAAUGCUCGUGAGAACAGACUUCAUUAGUCGAACAAGUGAACUCGCAAGACUAUUUGGAAUUCUGUUUUACUCAGUCAUUUCCCGUGGAUCUCAGUUUCGCGUUGAAAGCAUGAUGCUCCGCAUCGCAAAGCCAAUGGGAUUCAUCCCGGUUUCACCCAGUGUUCGCCAGCGUGCGCAAAUGGCUGCCCCCGAAGUUAUUCCUCUCGUGAUGGAGCCCGAGUCUCGUUUCUACACUGACCCCGUUUUGGUUCUUGAUUUCCAGUCUCUUUAUCCAUCUAUCAUAAUUGCCUACAAUUACUGUUUUUCUACAUGCCUUGGACGCGUCUCUCAGUGGAGCGAACCUGGAGCUUUCAAGUUUGGUACAACAUCUCUAUCGUUACCAACUUCUGUACUGCAGCGAAUCAAAGAUGACAUCCAUGUAUCUCCAAACGGUGUUGGCUUUGUCAAAUCAAACAUCAGGAAAGGAAUCCUUCCGCGGAUGUUGGAUGACAUACUAAAGACAAGAAUAAUGGUGAAAAACUCGAUGAAAAAAAAUAAAAACAACAAGGCUCUGCACAGAAUGCUGGAUGCUCGACAGCUCGGUCUGAAGCUUAUAGCAAACGUAACCUACGGAUAUACCUCUGCCAAUUUCUCAGGGCGUAUGCCGUGCGUGGAGAUCGCGGACAGUGUUGUUAGAAAAGGACGCGAAGCCCUUGAAACUGCAAUCAAUCUAAUUAAUUCAACAGAACGUUGGAACGCUCGUGUUGUUUAUGGUGAUACUGACAGUGUCUUCGUACUCUUGAAAGGUGCUACCAAGAAAACGGCGUUUGAUAUUGGAAACGAGAUCGUCAACGCUGUCACAAAAAUGAACCCUCAACCAAUGAAAUUGAAAUUUGAAAAAGUUUAUAUGCCUUGUAUACUUCAAACGAAGAAACGUUAUGUUGGGUACAUGUACGAAACAUUGGAUCAGAAGGAGCCUGUUUUUGAUGCAAAGGGUAUCGAGACGGUCCGUAGAGACUCUUGUGCUGCUGUUUCUAAGAUUCUUGAAAGAUCGCUGAAAACGCUUUUCGAAACAAAGGAUCUGAGUCUUGUGAAAAAGUAUACCGAGCGACAAUUCACUAAAAUCAUGGAGGGAAGAGUGUCUAUUCAGGAUCUGACGUUUGCCAAAGAGUAUCGUGGAAUGAAGAACUACAAACCAGGGGCUUGUGUCCCAGCUUUAGCUAUAGCAAGGCGAUUGGUGGCUCAUGAUAAUCGUGCAGAGCCUCGUACUGGUUAUAGAGUACCUUACGUAAUUGUUUAUGGCACUCCUGGGCUACCUCUUAUUCAACUUGUAAAGAGGCCUGAAGAACUAUUUUCGGACCCGACCCUUCGCUUAAAUGGUUCAUAUUACAUCACCAAGCAAAUUGCACCGUCAUUGAAUCGCGCCUUUUCUCUCAUCGGAGUCGAUGUUUUAUCGUGGUACAAUGAACUGCCCAGGCCACAGCAGAGGAUGAUACAGAGAAGGCCCGAUGACAGCUCUAAGAAGAAGGGUACCAUUUCACAAUACUUUUCAUCCGUGCACUGCCCGAUCUGUGGAGAACUCACUCGCUCUAAUCUGUGUGACAAUUGUACAUCAGAUCCUCAAAGUGCUGUAACAAUUCUCAGUCAAAGAAUUUGGAAGCACGAAAGAAAAUAUGGGCGUCUUUGUGAGAUAUGCUGCCAUUGCACCGGAUCGCAGGACCAGGGGUCAAAAUGUAUUUCCCAAGACUGUCCCGUGCUCCAUAAACUGUACCACGUAAAAACUGAUAUUGGAUUGGUUUCCAAUUACAGAGCAAUAGUGGAUGCAAUUACAUAGAUGAGCUGGAUUCCAUUUUGGUUUCUUGGUUAAAGCUUUAACUUAAAUCCAUCAGUGUCAUAUUUAUCAAGGCUGAUUGAAGGGAUUUCCUCACAUUGUCAGCCCUUUGACCAUUCAUUUAUGUAAAUUCCAUUUCUUGUUUCCGUAAUAAGUUAUUAUUUUGAGAUAUGAAUAUUAAAUGGCCUGUGCUACCCAUGACCACUUAGUUUUGGUAUCAUGCGAGUCCGAAGCAAAUCAAUGUCGUAAGCAAAUUAAAAAGAUAGCGCCUCACGACAUGUCGUAACGGCAUCCAGCAUAAGUUACGAGAAGAUACAAGGAGUUACAAGGAGUUUCGAGUAAUGCUUAAACAAAAUUUCGUAUCAAAUGGGCGCUAUAUCGAUAUAAUAGAUGUCGUUCCAACUAAGUUUUCUGGAUAACAGCGGGGAAUUUGCGAAUAACUUAGUGUACACGAAUACGUUUUCAAAUGAAAACACGUCAAGUCAAGUUUUUAUGGGUUUUUAGGAAUCGCACUAAUUUGAAAAAGUGUUUUCCAGAGUGAAACUCCAUCGUUGCUGUGCAGAUGUAUUACUUUUGAUCUAUUUCAUUUGAAUAUAAACUUGGUCUACGGAAGACGUAUCCGUGUAGACUUGACCUGAAUAUCGAAUUUAUGACUUCUGAAAAGUAGCUUCAGUAUGUAUUUACUUCAUUUUGUAUUCACGAUCCUAUCAGCGUUGGACCUUGACCCUUAAAAUCAACGUGAACAUGGCCUUCCAACAACGGCUCUUUCAAUCUAUUUUUCACUUCUAAUAAGACAAGAAUUGUUUUGAUCAUUACCUAUAACCUAGACACAGCCCAGAGUUUCGUAAUAGCCAUUGGAUGUUGUUGUUACUGGUUUUCGUUGUGUUUGUGCAGAAAAUUGAGCAGCAUAUGAAAUUUGAAUCGGAAAAAUAUAACUGGAAGUGGAAGAAAUUAAAAAAGAAUGACACCAAGCUGUAAAAUAUAUUUUAUUCACUGCGGAGUCUUGUUGUUAAUCAUCCGGGUAGGCUAGGCAACCCAAGCCACGUACAGAAAGGUAGCAAAUUAAAGCGGAUACGUAUUAAUGAACAAUGCAGAAAUGCUUGCCCUAUCGUUAAUUUAUGAAGUUUUCUUUAAUCUAGGAAGUCGAUUUUUCUUUUUUGUUAAAAUAGUUCCAGCAAGGAGUCAUUUCUAUAUUGUCUCUAUAUUUGGCUUGGCUAGGGAGAAACACGAUUGAAAGUCUUCUUAUGUGUGAGUCAACCCCCUGUUGGAGGUCAAAGAGCAUGCGUAAUAAUUAUCGAGUUCCGUACGCAUGCUUCAUGAAUCAAAGACGGGGGUUGCUACAUUAUGGUGGGCAACCUAAUUUUAUCCUUCCCGUUGAUUGGUUUAUGUUUACAAAGUCGACUAUGACAUUUAUGAAUCAACCAAUGCGUUGUUGCUGUUGUGAAUUGAGAACCCGUAGUAAGAUAUACAGUACUCUCGUUAAGUGGGACACUCAAGGGACCGAGCAAAAGUGUACUACUUAGCGGGCGUUCUACUUAUCCGGUGUCUCUAUUAAACAAAGUUUUUAUGCUUGAGAAGGGUAAGCAAGUUUAAGGGACGGGGAAAAUCUGUAUUACAUAGCGGGCGUCCUACUUAUCCGGGGUCCCACUUAACGAGAGUGUACAUCGCUUAUUUUCCACGAUUAAUCACAGAAUAAGAUUAUUCUGUGUCGCAAUUACGAAAGUAGCUUUAUUGUCUGUUUGCAUAGCAAAAUAUUACACGUAAUUAUGGUAUAUUCUAUUUUAUAUGACGCAAGGGGAGUUCUAAACUAUCAUAUUUAUUUUGCAAAUAUUGCAAAUUUUUCAAUACUAUGAAUACAAAGUUGUUGAGUGCAUAAAUUGUAGUGCUUUUGAGGUUUUCUAAUUCGAAACCAACGUGUGUAUUGUUAUCCUGACUUGCUGGUGUUCAAAUGUUCUCAUAGAGAUCGCAUUUAUUAAUUUCAAAUUUGAUUUGAAAUUAACUUGAUUUGGCUGGUCGGAUUUAGAUCCACACCGCCUAGGUCCGAGGCGUACCGCCAUAUUUAAUAACUUAUUCAAAAGGGUGACAAGGUUGAUGGCCUAUUUCUGUGUUUCCAAUCAGCAAUCUAACUUUGAUCAGCCUAUGUCUCUAUCAUCAUGCAUCUGGACCAAAGAGACUUUGUUUUCCUAUUUUUUGUUAUUUGCAAGCUUUUGAGGCUAAGAGAUCUCCACAUCUCCAAACAGAUAGCCUCGAUCAAUUUCGUACUUUUCUAUUAAAACUCGUUUUCUCUCUAGCUCUGAAGAAUACUUUAAAGCUUAAAUUGAGUACCAUUAAAUAUUAAGGCAUACCCUCUUUAAAACUGAGAACAACAAAAUUUUGUAAAAUCCAAGAACAUGAUUGCCCUAUUGGCCUAGAACUUACGACACAGGGGAUAAAAACAUACUUCCCACAUCUAGAUACAGCAUGAAAACGAAAGUGAAUCUCUUGACGUGAUAAAAAAAGGUCACGAACAUUUCAUAACAUCAUUUAUGAAAUCAUAAUUAAGAAACUCUUAAGAAACAACGAGAAUUAAAAUUCCCAGAACAUUAAAAAACUAGAGUACUCGAAAUCGACCUUUGUUUCUCUGUGUACUCUUUUUAAUUUGAACUAGAGGAGCUUUUUUACUUGUGCCUCCUGUGAAACGCACAAGGCCUAAUUAACUUAACUUCCUUAUUUUUAGACAUCUAUUGAUCAAAUAAAGUUUAACUACAAAUUUAAUGCCUCCAAAAUAAGACAUACGUAAGAAAAAAAUCGAAAUUCCCAAUUUGGCUUUAAUUAUGGUUUAAAAACAAGGCCAAAAAUAUUAAAGGGCCUCUCUAGCCAAAAAAAUUUUUUUUUUUUAUUGACUAAAAAGUUAGCAUCUGGUGCGUGUAUUAUAGCAAAGUCGUUGUUUUUGCAAAAUUCCAAUUAGUUUAGAAGUUAUAAGGCUUUAAAGUUGCACCUUUCCGAGAAAAAAACGACAAAAGCCAAAAGUUCGAUAUAUGUAAAAGUACCAUGUUUAUCAAGAAGUAGCAUGAUGUCUUCACUCGCGUUUUUUAUAGAGGACUCGGAGUUUAUGUGAUGGAUUCCAUCAUUGAUGUGACAUUUGACUGCCAAUGCAUGGAACCGGUGUAUUAAUUCUUGAUUGUUGCCGUAAAGAUAUUCAAAAUUGAAAAAGUCCUGAGGGAUUUUGUCUUUUUUUAGCAUAAGUUCUUAAACUUUUUUGGGCUUCUACAUGUAGGUUGUUCCUUAUGUAGAAAUUGUGUGUACCCACCAUGACCG